AUGGAGCGGGCCCACUCAAAAAUUCCCAGCGGCAAGUUCCGCCUUAGCUCAUUCGCCGUUCGUUGGGCGGCUUUGCGACAGCAUCCAAGACGCAACUUCUACUCUGCAGCUGUCCCCUUCGUCGAUGUCGCCGCAUCGCAAACCGCCACAAUGCUGUACGAGAUGAUUGGAAUAGUCCGGCCCGGCAACCUCGCCGAGGUAAAAGAGAUCGUCCUCGCCGCAGGCCAGCUGGUGCUCCGCAACGGCGGGGUGAUACGGUCGGUGGACAACUGGGGCGUGUUCGCGCUGCCGCGGGCCGUGUCCAAGGCGCAGCAGCUGCACCACAACGGGCACUACUUCGCGAUGCGGUACGACGCGUCGACCGAGGCGCAGGGCGUCGUCCGCAACACCAUGAACCUCGACCCGCGCGUCAUCCGCUCCACCAGCGUCAAGCUCGGCGACGGCAAGCUCGAGUCCCUCAGCCGCUUCGGCCAGAUCAGCUGGGCCAACUCUGCGAAAUAG